AUGAGUAAAACGGCACAGGAAACAGUGAUUGUGAUACCGAUGGAAGAGGGUGAGCCACUGGGAGCUGUUCCCAAUGACAAACUUGUUAUUGUCAAGGUGCAGCCGGGUACUCUUGCUGAAGGCAAAUUGAAGGUAGGAGACCAAAUACUGAAGGUAAAUGAUACGGUGGUGCGAGACUGCAACCAUUUUUAUCAGUUACUUCGCUUUGCGCCGCCCGUUGCCUCAAUUAGUUUGAUCCGUGAUGAGAAGAAAGCAGCCGAAUUGGAGGCCAAAGUGCACAUACCGCCCGAACGUGCCAAGCUGAUCGUACGCCGUGAUGGAUACACUUACUUUUUAGUACGCAUUGACUGGAAGCCUGGAGGUAUGAAGCUUGGUCUGGGCAUCAAGCACUACCAGAACCGAGUGCUUGUGUCACGAUGCGAUCCGAAUUCGCUUGCGGCACAGCAUCUACUUGUUGGCGACCACCUUAUUGACAUCGAUGGUAGGCCGGUCACGGAUAAGGAUGUAUGCCGUGAGCUUCUUCUCAAGAGUCUCCAGGAACGCCAUUAUGUCACAAUGGUUGUUGAGCGUCCCGAAACGUUGGAAGCCCGGCACUGGGUUCAAAAUGCGCUGAUCGCAUCCGCAGCACAGACACCCUCAGUUCCGAUGAACAGUGACGUACGUGAAAUUGCUGCGCGUGAACGCGAAAGACUCAAAAAACCUACAGCGCCGAAGAAAAGCUGCAUGCGGAAAUCAAAUGCACCCGGGAAGAUGGUGAAUAUUAACGAAAACAAAGCAUCCGAAUUUAUUAUUGCUAGCGAUAACGAGGGCAAAGUACUCCGUCACGUACGACGCUGA